AUCUGGAUUUUGUGCUGAGAAAUGCCUGGAUGCUAUGGAUCUUGCAGAGAUGUGCACGAUACGUACGAAUCUUCUGGGCAAUAACUCAUUGCAAAAAAGGCAAAUCGUGCUUGAUUGGCUAUGAAUGCAUGCCAAACCAAAUGAAAGAGCUGAGAAGAUUCUCAUUGGGGUUGAACUUAAAACAAAAUGAGGUGUCCUCUGGGUUCUGUAUUUUUAUUUCCAGUUAAUUCUCGAGAGUCCCCUCCAGUUUAAGGGAGGAACAGCUAUCUGCUUUGUUCUCAGGAACCAUGCUGUGUGGCAAAACCAGCUCUGCCACCUUCUGAAGAUGGCAUAAUCUUCUAGCUGAUGAUUCAGGAAUUACCAUUUUUGAUACGUACCACCACAGAAGGUCUACCCAGUAAUGGAAAAUUUUCUGAUCAUUUACUAAUCCAUCAACAACCUAGGCUUCCUUCCAAGCUAUCAGACUAAUGUCUUCAUCUGCUAGAGACUGAUAAUUGUAAAAUUUGUCAUACAUGUCAUUGAUGUUCACAGUGUUUAAGACUGACUGGAGCCUGGAUAGAAAGUACUCUACACUCUCCCAUUUUGCCUGGCUACAUUUUUGAACAUUAGCCCAUCUUGUAUUUUUAACUGGAAUGAGGCUGGUAUUUUACUCAAGUUUCCCUCACAAAUUAGUUCUGAUCAAUUCAGGUAUGAGCACAGAUUUUUCGCUAUUCCUUCUUACCUUUCAGAAUUGUUUGGCAAUUUCAAGGUUUUUUAAUUCAUUGUGAGAUUUAGAGGCAAAGCUGUGAGACUGUGAGUUGGCAUCCCAAAGCGAGAGUCUCAUGGUCAAACUGUGAGAGUUGGAAGAUUGGUGAUAAGAUGUGUGAUACUGGUGCAUUGCAUCUUCCAAGCUUUCUGGACAAAACCAUCAUGUAUGGAUAUUUGAAAGCAGAGUGGAAAGAUGAGGAUGAAAAUGUCAUUCAUUACCGUAACAGUACAUUUAGCUAUCUUUUGAGGAAUGUGUUUUCUUUUGUUAAAAUACCCAAGGUGAUGUGAAACUUAAGUAUUAUUUUUGGAUGCUUAUGCAUGACUGAUCUAUGAAGAUGUCGAGAAGAAGGAUUUAUGUUAAAUCCCUGGAUCGGAUGGAAUUUCCCUGCCUCUUCAGAUUUCUGAAUGAGGACUUAAAAUCUAUUUUCUCUGCUUUGAUUACUUUAACCUGAAGCUGCAAAACAUAUGCACUACAGCAAAGCAAUAUCUCAAAAAUGGUUAGAUGAUUGUCUUCCACAAGAAGUAUUAGUGUUCAGCAUAAAUAGAGAGUUUUUUACUGCAGGUAAACCAAUUUACAAGAUGUGACUGCUGCAUGGCAUUGGGUGAGGAGAAGAGAAAAGCUCAGGAUGAGGAUGUGCAAAAAUGCUUACACAAGCUUUUGAUUUCCAUAAUGAUCUUCAAAUAUAAGUACUAAUUUCUUUUAAGACACAUAACUUUGAUGUCUGCUUCCUGAUAUAUCUGUCAUGUGAUAUAUGUUUUUAUAGGAAAGAGAGAAAAGUGUAUUACCAUCAAAAAGACAAAUCUAAGAAGUAUUCACAAUAAUAUGCAUGUAUUGCACAAGAUGGCAUGGAUCAGGCAAAGCGUUUCCUUCUACGAUUAGUAGUUAUUGUGUGUGCAUAUGCUUGUGCAAGAAAACUGCAAAACUCAUAUGACUGGUGUGUUAAACCAUGGAGGUAGCCUAAAGGCUAUUUUGAUGUAUUCCAAUUUCCCCAUGAUGCAAACUUCACCAUAAAUAUGUUACUUCUGGAAUUACAAAGCAUGGGAGAGGACCUGACAGAUACCUUUUGCCUACAAAUGGACAAAUGCUGGAGGGAGAAUAAAAAUCAAUUUGUGCUAAACUUUUUAGCUCUUCUUGCAAAGCUUGACAUUUUGUUGAGGUAUGUUGUACUUCUCAUAAGAAAAUGAAAUUUUAAAAAUGGUACAUGUGAAUGAACAGUUAGUUAAAUAUUUAAACAUAAAUAUGUAACAAUUUUACUGUACUUUGAAGUGGGGAUUGCCCCAAUCAUGUAUGAGCAAUGAAAUUCCUUCAAAUUCAAUUUUCAUCUUUGCAGGUGAAACUGAAUUUCUCAAUGGUUGGACACACUCAUGAAGCUGUUAACCAGAUGUUUAACAAGCUUUCUGAAUUUCUGGCAAAGAAGGACACAAGAACCUUCAAAGUGCUCAUGACAUCCUUUGAGAGAUGUUACACCCCAUCUCCAAAGGCUGUAGAGGUUGAGCAUGUGUUUGCUCUUAAGGAGUGGAUGUCAUCCUUUUCAACCAUGUUUCACAACAUUUCAAACCCUCAUGCAUUUAAAUUUACAAAAGCUCCAUCUGGAAAAGUUGUCAUACAGUACAAGAAUUGGGGAAGUGAUAAACAGGAAAACCGGAAACCCUUUAGCCCUGAUCCAGAGCAGUGGUUAACCAUAGUGGGAGUAAGUGGAAUCUGCCGUGCAAUGAAGAAUGAUUAAAAAACAAAAAAAUCC